AUGGAUAUAGAAAAACAACUAGAGCACGAGAAAAAUGAAGAAUCACCAUCACAAUCACAUUCACAUUCACCCCAAGAAUCAAUCCAAAUACUUGAACCAAUUGGUAUAGAAGAACCACCAUUACCAACAGUUUAUCCUUCACAGUGGAGAUUAACAAUGAUUGUGGUUACAAUAUGUACAGCUUCUAUGUUUGCAAUGUCUGAUCAAACUGGGAUUCCAUUACUUUUAUCAUUCAUAGGUGAAAAUCUUGGUUCAAAUAAAUCAAUUCAAUGGGCUGGAACUGGUGCUUUAAUUUGCAGUACAAUUUCAAAUAUAUUUGUUGGUAGAGCUGUUAAUUUAUUUGGUAAUAAAAUUUUAUUUUUGAUUGGAUUAGCAAUAAUUUGUAUUUUUGAAAUUCUGUGUUAUUUUGUUAAAGAUAAAAUUACAUUUUAUAUUUGCAGAUCCUUAACUGGGUUAGGUAAUGGUGGAAUUAUUUCAAUUUCAAUGGUUAUAAUGUCUGAUGUUGUCCAUCCAAAAAGACGUGGAACUUUCCAAGGUAUUUUAGGGUUUUCCAUUGGUGUUGGAAGUUGUAUAGGUCCAUAUAUUGCUUCUGGUUUUGUAAAUCAUGAUAAAACUAGUGGAUGGAGAAAAUAUUUUUGCUUUAUGGGAUUAAUGUUUUUAUUUAUUUUAAUCUUAAGUAUUUUAAGUAUACCCAAUAAAUUAAUCCAACAAAAACUUGAUUGUUUCCCCACAAGAAAAGCCAGAUGGUUAUCAAUUGAUUAUGGAGGUUUGUUUUUAAGUAUAGCAACAGUUAUUUUAGCAUUGAUACCUUUGAAUAUGGGUGGUCUUCUUUGGGAUUGGGAUAGUUUACCAAUCAUAUUAUGUUCAACUUUUGCAAUUGUUGCCUUAGUAUUACUUAUAAUUGUUGAAUGUACAUUCCCUAAAACUGCAGUUAUCCCACCAAAAUUUUUCAAUAAUUUUAAAGUUUCAAAUUUUUUAAUUCAAACUUUUUUAAUAAGUAUAAUUUAUUCUUCAAUGAUUUAUUAUAUUCCAUUUUAUCUUACAGCAAUCCAAGAGAAAAACAUUUCUGAAGUUCCACAUUAUUUUUUAGCAUUAUUAAUUCCUUUAUCAUUAAGUUCAUUUGGUUCUGGAUUAUUAACAUCAUAUUUAAAUCAACAAAAGUAUGUUAUUAUUGGUGGGUUCACAUUAUUAUUCAUUGGUGUUGUACUUUUAUCAGUCCUUUUAGAAACAAGUACUUCAGAUAUUGCAAAUAUAUUCAUUUUUAUAACUAUUGGAACUGGUGCAGGAUUUAUAUUUACACCAACAACUGUGGCAAUUCAAAACCAGGUAAAUCCAAAUGAAAAAUCAGUUGUAUUAUCAACAAAAGGUGUAUUUAAAACUUUAGGUCAUAGUGUUGGUGUAGCAAUAUCAUCAAUGAUUUAUACCAAUACAUUAUUAAAUGAAUUGGAUAAAAUUGAUAUAAUAAAACCAUCAGAUAUAACAUUUGUAUUGAAAAAUGUUUAUAAGAAGAUGACUUUAAAUUAUGCAUAUAAUGGUACUGAAUUAAAUGUAAUUGAAACUAUUUAUUCAACAUCAUUGAAAAAUGUUUUCUUGAGUUAUAUUCCAUUGGCAAUAAUUUGUUUAAUAUUAUCAAUGUUUAUAAAUGAAAAGCCAAAUACAUCAAGAGAUCAAUCACAACAAGAGCAACAAGAGCAACAAUGA